UUCUUUUAGUUCCAUCGCCAAACUGCUUAAUCACGGUUCUUGUCUGAACUCUGAACAAUGGCGAUUCUCUCUGUACGAUCUCCAAGUUCCAUUCAGCUUAUUCGUUCCUCUGUAUCUCCUAUGUGCUUGAAACCCUUGUUUCAAUCAUCAUGUUCCAUUGUUUCUGCUCCUUUCACCAGAUUAAAAUCCAAUUCCCCGAUCUCUAGACCUCGCGUUGUUCUCACGAGAGCUUCCACGGGAGUCGCUAGUCCCGUCACUGAUUACAGAGAAGAUAUCGGAGAGAUCCUUGGAGAUGUCUCCAUCUUUACUGCUUCAGGACAGCCCGUAAAGUUCAGCAAUCUUUUGGAUCAGAACUAUGGAGUUACUGCUGUUGUGCUUUUGAGACAUUUCGGAUGCGUUUGCUGUUGGGAGCUAGCUACUGCAUUGAGAGAGGCGAAACCGCGGUUUGAUGAGGCUGGUGUUAAACUGGUGGCUGUUGGUGUUGGAACUCCUGAUAAGGCUCGUAUACUUGCAACUCGGUUACCUUUUCCAAUGGAAUGUCUUUACGCGGAUCCUGAGCGCAAGGCAUAUGAUGUUCUUGGUUUGUACUAUGGUUUAGGCCGCACUUUCUUCAACCCAGCUAGUAAAAAAGUCUUCUCAAGAUUUGACGAGAUACGAGAAGCUGCAAAGAAUUACACCAUAAAAGCCACUCCUGAAGACAGAAGCAGUGUGUUGCAACAGGGAGGUACGUUUGUUUUUAGAGGCAAGAAGCUCUUGUAUGGUCGAAAAGACGAAGGCACAGGAGAUCAUCCAUCUCUAGAUGAUGUUCUCAAUGUCUGCUGCCAAAGCCAAGCCACUGUUGCUUGAACAUAAUUGGACUAAAAGUCUCUCUGGUUUGGUUUAAUGCUUAAAUCACUGUAUAAAUUGUAGCUAUUAAUGUCUUCUUUAAACUUACUAAAUACAUGAUCAACACCACAAGAGCAAUAUACCCGUGUAAAGAUAAGACAAGAGUUUGGUAUGUCAUUGGAAUCAUAUGUUUUUGUUGUCUUUUUCAUGCUUUUGUAAUUAUUUGAAACUAUGCGUUGC